AUGGCCUCCCAAUGCUGGCUGUUACAAACUUUAGACUUUGAUAACCUCAAAAGGAUAGUGGAUGAUCCUAAUCAGAACUUCCGUUCAAAUGUAGGCCUAAACACCAGGUUGUAUCUUCAGUUCAAAGUGAAGGUGUCUCUAAAAUUCCGGUAUAAGAGUGAGUCGUCAGGACGUCUCUCGGCUAGCUUGGAAUGCAGACCCAAGGAAUAG